AUGUUUGCUGCGGCUACCAAGAGCUUUGUCAAACAAGUUGGAGAUGGAGGGAGAUUAGUUCCUGUUCCAAGCCUCAGUGAGGCUGACAAAUACCAACCUCUAAGUCUGGUGGUAAAAAAGAAGAGAUGUUUUCUGUUUCCUAGAUAUAAAUUUACUUCAACACCUUUUACACUGAAAGAUAUUCUUCUAGGAGACAGAGAAAUUUCAGCUGGUAUUUCAUCUUAUCAGUUACUGAAUUAUGAAGAUGAAUCAGACGUUUCACUCUAUGGAAGGCGAGGCAACCAUAUUGUGAACGACGUUGGGAUUAACAUUACUGGAUCAGAUUCAAUUGCAGUAAAAGCUUCAUUUGGUGUAGUAACCAAACAUGAAGUGGAAGUAUCAACAUUACUCAAGGAAAUUACUACGCGAAAAAUUAAUUUUGACCACAGUUUGAUACGUCAGUCAAGGAGCAGCAGAAAGGCAGUAUUGUGUGUGGUCAUGGAAAGCAUCCGAACCACACGACAGUGCUCACUGUCUGUGCACGCUGGAAUUCGUGGGGAAGCCAUGAGGUUUCAUUUUAUGGAUGAACAGAAUCCCAAGGGAAGGGACAAAGCUAUUGUUUUUCCAGCACACACAACCAUAGCUUUCAGUGUUUUCGAACUCUUCAUUUACUUGGAUGGUGCCUUUGACCUUUGUGUCACUUCAGUGUCAAAAGGAGGAUUUGAAAGGGAAGAAACGGCAACAUUUGCGCUGCUCUACAGAUUGAGAAAUAUACUGUUUGAAAGAAAUAGAAGAGUGAUGGAUGCCAUUUCUCGUUCACAGCUUUACUUAGAUGAUCUUUUUUCUGACUAUUAUGACAAACCUCUCAGCAUGAGUGAUAUUUCACUCAAAGAAGGGACUCAUAUCCGAGUUAAUUUACUUAAUCACAACAUUCCAAAAGGGCCUUGCAUACUCUGUGGCAUGGGGAACUUUAAAAGGGAGACGGUUUAUGGGUGCUUUCAGUGCUCUGUCGAUGGGCAGAAGUACGUGAGACUUCAUGCAGUUCCUUGUUUUGAUGUUUGGCACAAGAGAAUGAAAUAA